AUGGCCCCUGGUGGUGCCGACAAGAGACUUGAGAAGUCAUACCUCUCCUCUGCAGUCGAUUCCAUCAACCCUUGGGCCGCCAACAGCCGCAGCACAACUCCCACACCUAAGGACAUUCCUGUCCAGCAGCCGUUCGUCAAAGGCACAGGAUCGGUCGCUGGCGACCACAGCACUACCCAUCUAUACGGCUGCAGCACGAAGAGCUAUCCCUCGGAUUGCCCCCCUUUGAAAGUCCUCUGGUUCCAUGCCGUUGACAUACCCAAGAGAAAGGCCAGAUAUGCCUCAUCUAAGCACGCCGACGGUUCCAAACCACCCCAGCAGCCCAAGAAAUACGUCCAGUUCUCUUCUUCUGACUCGCGAGCCAUCGAAGCCGCCUACCAGGCUCUACUCGAAAAGAGCGAGCGCAGUUCGACAAAAUCGGGCUCGCAAAGCUCGUCUCCGAGCCCAAAGAAGCCAGAAAAUAUACUCCGUGAAGCCCACUCAGACACUACGACAGAUGCAUCCGCUGGAAAAUUGCCCAAGACCACGACAAACGUGCCCGUCAACGAGGACUACUUGUUUGACGUAAAUAUUGAGCAGAGAGAGCUUUCGCCAGUGUACUGGAUUGGCCCCGUGUAUGAUGUUCGACGUGGGACGUGGUUCUACCAGGAAGGCUCAACGCUUCGUCCGUGUGAGGAGAACUUGGCGUCUCAACUGGAAGAUGGCUUCCUCAAAAUCAAGCCCUGGCUUUAUCCUAAGCCCAAGGUGGCUCAAGAUGACAAAAAGAAGGAAACCGUUAGCAUGCCGUCGACGGCGGUUUCUGGAGACGCAUCCAUAGGCUCCGCAAAGUCCGAUGUGCCUGCGACGUCUGCGCAGACGCCCAUUCCUGGCCCCCUGGGCCAACCUCAGUCACAUAGGUUGUUCGGCACUCACAUGAACAGUAUCGCCACAUAUCAAGACUCGAGCACGGCAUGGUUGUCCUCCGACACUAUGCUGUCAUGGGUCACAUCUACCAUGUAUGAGCGAUUCUCUGGUGGUGGUUACAUGAGCGGUAUUAAACUAGUCCGCGGUUGGUCAGAUCUCGCCAAGAAUGCUGAGACAAAGAGCACGGCGGACCAGCGGCCAGCGAAGCAGACAAGCACCGAGACAUCUGUAGAUCUGGACGAGAAAGAACAACGCAGACUCAAGAGAAGAUCAGCCCCGCCGUCCACUGGUCCCGGUCGGCGCGAUACAGAAACCGGUGAAAUUCGCAAUGAUCAGCAGUUCAGAGAGACUCACCUCCAAAGGCAACUGUCGUCGCUGAUGGGGGAUACUGGCAACGCUGAAGAGAAAGAAGAGGCCAUGAGACGACAGGCUGAACAGGAAAUACAAGACGAUUACACUGGGCUCGCCAAUGAAACCCAAGGUCGCGACAUCGAACACCUGUGUCUGGUGACGCAUGGGAUAGGCCAGCUUUUGGGAAUGAAGAUGGAAAGCUUAAACUUUGUUCACGACGUCAAUGUCAUGCGCAAGGUCAUGAAAACAACGUAUGCUAAUUCGGUAGAUCUUCGCGCUCUCAAUGGAGAACUUGGUGACGGGUUCAAGAACUGCCGGGUCCAAGUCCUACCAGUCUGCUGGAGACAUUUGCUAGAUUUCCCCAAGAAGCGCGAAAAGAAGGGCGAACGCGAUCUGGCUGAUGCAAGCAACGAGGAAGAUGAGUACCCCUCACUUGACGAUAUCACAAUCGAGGGUGUGGCCUUUGCGCGAUCCCUCAUUUCUGACUUGGCCUUGGACGUCUUGCUCUACCAGAGCGCAUAUCGGGAACAGAUAUCCGAGAUCGUUUUACAAGAAUCAAACCGGAUUCAUAAGCUGUUCAUGAAGAGAAACCCGGGUUUCAAAGGCAAAGUUCACAUCAUGGGUCAUUCGCUCGGUUCGGCCAUCAUGUUCGACAUACUUUGCCGACAGAAGGAGGCUACUCCCGCAUCAGACAAGCUCGCCAAUCCUCUACGCUUCUGGCCAGCAAAAGACAAUCAAGAGUUGCCAAAAAAGAGGCACGAUCUUCAAUUUGAGUUUGAUGUUGAGGACUUUUACUGUCUGGGGUCCCCAGUCGGGUUGUUCCAGAUGCUUAAGGGACGGACCGUUGCCGCUCGACACCUUGCGGACUCUCUCCCCUCUGAAAGCCCUCUGAACCCCGAUGACGUCGAUGAUCCGUUCCUGUCGGUCAGAGCCGAUGCAUCUGCUGGCGAAAGAGUAUCGCAAGUGACCGGUCUUCCCUUUUCAGUGUCGUCACCGAAGGUUGCGCAGCUUUACAACAUCUUCCACCCUUCUGACCCCAUCAGCUACCGCCUUGAGCCGUUGAUAUCGACGUCGAUGUCAAGCCUGAAACCACAGGUGCUCCCAUACACCAAAAAAGGCAUAUUUGGCAACGUGGCUCCGCAAGGCUUGACUGGCAUUGGUGCGAAGGUCGGACAAAGCGUCAGUGGUCUCUGGUCGAGUCUAAGCGCCGGAAUCGCAAGCAACCUCCUGAACCGCAGCCUUGGCCUCACCAGCGACGAUGUCGCAAAAAUGAACUCUGCGUCAGAACAAGGGCGAGCGGCCAACAGCUCGCUACAAGGAGCAGCAGCUUCUGAGGUAGAUGCGAUAACGAAUGCUUCGAAGUUGGGUCAGAAAACCAACGAGCGAAAGAAUCAGCUGGCGUCGCCUGCCGGUGAUGAUGCUCGGGCAAGUAUGAGUGGCAACGACCCUACGCUGAUUGAUGACGAGCUUGAGACGUUGUACUCGAAGUUUCAGGAGAAGUUUACGCAAGGGGUCCCCGACGAAGGCCUUGCAGCUGAGGACCGGGUCGGCUGGGAUCAAAAGGCACGCAAGUUGCGCCACGAAGACAUGAAGAUCCGCGCGUUAAAUCGCAACGCCAGAGUUGACUACAGCAUCCAGGAGAGUGUUCUGGAUUUCAACCCUAUCAACACCAUUGCAUCACACAUGGGGUAUUGGGCAGACGAGGACGUCAAUCACUUUAUUUUGUCGCAGCUGCUGUCUAGCAAGUCGAGAGACUCCAAGAAAUCGGGAUCUCGAUAA